AUGCAUUUCUAACGUAGAGGAAUAAUGAAUUAUUCAUAUUCUGUUGGAGAAAUUGUUGGACAUGGAUUUAGUUCAAUUGUUUAUAAAGGUGUAAAUGAUAAUACCUAAGAAGAGGUUGCUAUUAAAGUAUAAUAAAUAACUUAAUCAGGUGAUUUAAAGAUAAAUUAGUGAUCAAAUUCCAUUAAUUUAAAAUGAGAUAGCAAUAUUAUCUAGACUCAAAGGGAACUUUAUUCUUAAACUUUAUGAUUACUUUUACACUAAAAAUAAUAUUUAUAUUAUAACAGAAUUUUGUAGAUAAGGUGAUUUACAAUAAUAUAUAAAAAAACAUGGUAAAUUUAAUUUAAAUAUUGCAAUUCAAAUAAUAAUUUAAAUUAUUUAUGGUAUAGCAUCAAUGUAAUAAGAAAGUAUUAUAUUAUUUUAUAUAAUCAAGACAUAAUUCAUAGAGACUUAAAACCUUAGAAUAUAUUAAUUUCUGAUAAUACUAUAAGGAUAGCUGAUUUUGGAUUUGCAAAAGAUAUGGCUCAAUUAGGAACUGAAAUGAAUGUUGGAACUCCAUUAUAUAUGAGUCCUGAAACUUUAAUAAAAAAUUAAUAUCAUUUAAAAAGUGAUAUUUGGAGUUUUGGUGUUAUGGCAUAUGAAAUAUUAUAUGGAAGACCACCUUGGAAUGCUUAAAAUGAAAGAGAUCUUAUAUAUCAAAUAACUAAAAAUUCAAUAUUUUACCCAGAUUAACCAGAAAUACCAAAUUACAUUAAAUAAUUAAUUCAAAGUUGUUUAGUUGUUGAUUUAAAUUUUCGGUGUAGUAUUACUGAUAUUCUUAAUAGUAAAUUAUUCAUAAAACAAUAAGAUAAAUCUAAUUUUAAAACUGUUAAAGUUGAUAGACUGGCUGCUCCUGUUAUUCCAAAAAUCUCAAAAAAUGAUUCUGAUUAAUUUAUCAAUUAUGAGAAUACUAUAAAUGGAUUACUUAGUUUUUAAGUUAAUUACUAAUUAGCAGUACAAGGCUAUUAAAAUUAUUUUAGUCUAAUUAAAUUCAUUUUGUCUGAAAAUUAUAAAUUGAUAUCUCCUUGGCUAAAAGAAAAAUUAUGUAUUUUAUCAACACUACAUAUGACUAUGUUAUCAGCAGCACUUGUUAGUUUAGUAACCUUUGAUUAAAGUAAUGGAGAUCAUAGAAUUAAAUAAUAAGUUAUAGAUUAAGUUUGUUAUGAAAAUUCAAAUAUUUAACAAAUAUAUUAAGAUCAUUUAAGUAAAGUUAAUUCAAUUUAGGAGUUUUCAACUGAUAUUAUUAAAUAUGAUUAAGAAUUUUCUCGUUUAAUAACUAAUUUAACUAAAGAAGGUUUACUAUCUUAUAUUAAAAGGGGAAUAUAAGAACUCAAUCAUGAUUUAUAUACAAGGAUAAAACUUUAGAAUGUAAUAUAGUAUUCAAAAGAAUUAUCAAUAUUGAAAACCUUUUCCUAAUAUUAUGAAAUUGUAAAUAAAUAUGGACUUUUACCUAAAUUUAAUCAAAAUGAUUUAUUAUAAUAUUUAGAUUAAAUAACCCAUAAUUAAAAAUAUCUUAUUGAAUAUAGACAUUUUUUAGAAUUAAGAUAUGAAAUAAAAUAAAUUUUGAAAUGA